AUGUCAGGCCCUGCAGCGCUGGUUGUCCCCGCGCUCAAGCGGCACACUGCCACCGUCAUAGUCGCGCAUGGCUUGGGUGACAGCGGCGCCGGCUGGAUCUGGCUCGCCGAGAACUGGCGCCGGCGGAACAAGUUCGAGGAAGUCCAGUUCAUCUUCCCCAAUGCGCCGCAGAUACCCAUCACGCUGAACUUUGGCAUGCGCAUGCCGGGGUGGUACGACAUUCUGUCUCUAUCAGACAUAGCCCAGCGCGAAGACGAGCCUGGCAUCAUCCGCUCCUGCAGCUACUUCCACCAAGUCAUAAACCAAGAGAUGGCGAAGGGCAUACCCAGCGAACGCAUCGUCAUCGGGGGCUUCUCGCAAGGCGGCGCCAUGAGUCUCAUGGCAGGGUUGACAUGCCCGCACAAGCUCGGCGGCAUCUUUGGCCUGUCGAGCUACCUGUUGCUGCAGGGGCGGAUAAAGGACAUGGUGCCCGCCCAAAACCCGAACAAGGACACGCCCAUCUUCAUGGGCCACGGCGAUGCCGACCAAGUCGUUCGGUACGAGUGGGGCAAGCGCACGGCCGAGAAGCUGAAGGAGUGGGGGUGGACUGUCGAUUUCAGGACAUACCAGUACGUGUUGACCUCGUAG